GCUACUUGCUCAACUCUCACAACACAAGUUUUUGUAUUUUCACAAUGGCCGCAGUGCUUCUCCGUCUCUCUUCUAUGUUGAUGUAAUAGAAAAGAGAGAGGGUACAUAUAUCUAAAACGAAAUAAAGUGUAAAACUGAGAAUAUCCACUGCAGUUUCUUGAUUGAACUGAAUUGAGAAAAAGGGAGAUCGAGAAACAAAAAAUGGCCGAGGUUUCUCUCAAGAGUUUCAUUCCAGAAUCAUUUCCGCUCUCCACGGCAGAUAUUACAGGCCAAAUUGGGUUGCUGUGGGAACUGAUCAAGGUGCCAUUUGUGGUGCCACUGCUGAGAGUUGCUGUAUAUAUGGGCUUGGUUAUGUCUAUGAUUGUAUCCGCGGAGAGGCUUUCCAUGUUAAUCGUUGUACUCUUUGUCAAACUGUUUAUGAAAAAACCCGAAAACCGGUACAAAUGGGAGCCAUUGCAGGAAGAUGUUGAGAUUGGCGAUUCAGCUUUUCCUAUGGUUCUUGUCCAGAUCCCCAUGUACAAUGAAAAAGAGGUUUACAAGAUCUCCAUUGGUGCAGCAUGUAAUCUUUCAUGGCCUGCUGAUCGUUUACUGAUUCAAGUACUUGAUGAUUCUUCUGAUCCUGACAUCAAGGAUAUGAUUGAGAAAGAAUGCAUUAGGAGGGAAAAUAAAGGCGUUAACAUUAGGUACCAAACUAGAGAAACAAGAAGAGGAUACAAGGCAGGAAAUCUUAAAGAAGGUAUGAAACAUGAUUAUAUUAAAGAGUGUGAAUACGUCGCCAUUUUCGAUGCUGAUUUCCGACCUGAACCGGAUUUUCUCCGACGAUCCAUCCCUUUUCUCAUGCAUAACCCGGAACUUGCCCUUGCACAAGCUCGUUGGAAGUUUGUGAACUCAGAUGAAUGUUUGUCGACAAGAAUGCAAGAAAUGUCGUUGGAUUACCACUUUACAGUCGAGCAGGAAGUGGGAUCAUCUACUCAUGCCUUCUUUGGCUUUAAUGGAACCGGUGGUGUAUGGAGAAUAGCAGCAAUCAAUGAGGCAGGAGGGUGGAAAGAUAGAACAACAGUUGAGGACAUGGAUCUGGCUGUUAGAGCUAGUCUCAAGGGAUGGAAAUUUCUAUAUCUUGGGGACCUCCAGGUGAAAAGUGAGCUUCCUAGUACGUUUAAAGCCUACCGUUCGCAGCAGCACCGAUGGUCUUGUGGUCCUGCCAAUUUAUUCAGAAAAAUGGCUAUCGAUAUUGUUAGGAAUAAGAAAGUGUCUUUGUGGAAGAAGGUAUAUGUGAUCUACAACUUCUUCUUUGUAAGGAGGAUCAUGGUUCACAUGUUCAAUUUCUUCUUUUACAAUGUUAUAUUCCCAUUAACAGUUUUUGUUCCUGAAGUUGAUGUUCCAAAAUGGGGAACAAUUUAUAUUCCUUUCAUUCUCACGACAUUAAGCUCCUUCGGAACUCCAAGGUCAUUCCAUUUAUUGUUUUAUUGGAUCCUAUUUGAGAAUGUGAUGGCUUUUCAUCGAACCAAGGCGACAAUCAUCGGUCUACUAGAGGGCAAGAGAGCUAAUGAAUGGGUUGUUACAAAAAAACUUGGUGAUGCUUUCAAGAACAAAUCAAAUACCGAAUCAGAAGCACAAGGAGAAUCACCAGCAAAGAGGGUUCGUUUUAAACUUGGAGAUGGAAUAUUACUACACGAGCUGGAAUUGGCCAUGUUUCUAUAUGUAUGUGGAUUCUACGACUUCCUUUAUGGAAGGAACAACUAUUUUAUAUACAUGUUUCUUCAAGCCAUCGCCUUCACAAUUGUGGGAUUUGGUUAUGUUGGAACAAUAAUCCCUAUGUAGCACUCAAUCUAUCAACUA